CCAUUUAUGUGCUGUGAGUCUCUCAGAAAAAUGCCGAUGUGGCUUCUGUAAACGGAUUUAGGGAAUCAAGUUGGCGAAAAGUUGCAAUGGAACUUUUCCUCUUGUGCCUUUUUUGGGUGUGCAGCUUCGCAAUAUCAGCCGAGGACGAAAGACUGCCCAAUCGAUGCGAAGUGUGUAAGUUCCUGACGGUAGAGCUCCAAGCAGCCUUGGAGAAGACUGGUCGGUCCAAGGAGGUUCUGGAGCUAGGAGCAGUGCUGGACACGGGUAAACGCAGACGCAAGAUCAAAUACAAUACCUCUGAGACCCGUCUGACGGAGGCAGUGGAUAACAUCUGUGAGGGGAUCCUACAGUACAGUGUCCAUGCUGAGAGACCUGGCAGCCUCCGAUACGCCAAGGGUACCAGUCAGACCAUGGCCACUCUGAAGAACCUGGUCCAUAAGGGGGUGAAGGUGGAGUUGGGUCUGCCCUAUGAACUCUGGGACGAACCCUCAGUGGAGGUGUCUGACAUGAAGAAACAGUGUGAGACGAUGCUCGAGCAGUAUGAGGAGGUUGUGGAGGACUGGUACUUCCACCAUCAGGAGGAGAGGCUGGAGCGCUUCCUGUGUGAGACACACAUUCUCAAGACCUCCGAGCAAGAAUGUCUACAGGAGGUUUGGAAGGGUGACAUGGGAAAGAAGGGAUCCAAAGUGGAGGUAGCAAGCGAAGAAGAGGGAGGAGGGAAGACUCACGAUGCAGGAGAACUGUGAAAUCAUCCAAAAUGGCGGAGUGAAAGUCUUCCUAACAGAACUACCCCUCUUUCCUUCCCAAAUGGUCAUACGAUAUUUGGCGUGGAACAUAGUUAGAAGGCGUGGAACAUAGUUAGAAUGCAUGGAGCAAAGUUACAUUCAACAUCAAUAAUACUGUAUGUAGCAGACCAACCAACUGAACAUUACAAUUCCUAUCUCUGCAUUGACAAUCCGCCUCCUGUCUUGCUCCUCAGAAAGCUAAAUGUGAGCUAAGUCAAGUCUCCCAAACCUUCACCACUCUAUUAUCAUACACUAUAUCUACAAAAGUAUGUGGACACCCAGGGUAACGGGGUAGCGAUGAGUAACGAUGCUUCGUGGGUGACUGUUAAUGUGUGCAGAGGGUCCCUGGUUCGCGCCCGGGUAUGGGCGAUGGGACGGUCUAAAGUUAUACUGUUACACUGGUUUGGGCUAGGCCCCUUAGUUCCAGUGAAGUGAAAUCUUAACGCUACAGCAUACAAUUACAUGAUAGAAGAUUCUUUGCUUCUAACUUUGUGGCUGCAGUUUGGGGGUGGCCUUUUCCUGUUUCAGCAUGACAAUGUCACUGUGCACAAAGCAAGGUCCAGAAGUGGUUUGGUUGAGAUGGGUGUGGAAGAACUUGACUGGCCUCCACAGAGGCCUGACCUCAGCCCUAUUGAUCAUCUUUGGGAUGACUUGAAAUGCCGUGAGCGAGCCAGGCGUAUCGCCUCACAUCAGUGCCCGUCCUCACUAAUGCUCUUGUGGCUAAAUGCAGCAAUGUUCCAACAUCUAGUGGAAAGCCUUCCCAGAAGAGUAGAGGCUGUUGUAGCAGAAAAGGGGGGAUCAACUCGAUAUUAAUGAACAUGAUUUUGGAAUGAGACGUUCAACGAGCAGGUGUCCACAUACUUUUGUUCAUGUAGUGUAUCUAUUGAGCAAGAGCAACAUUUUAAUAGUCAUAGAUGUGUCAUUGUUUACAGUUUACAGCAAAUCAAUAUCAUCAAUUUACACACACCUGUCCCUUUUCAGUAGGUAAGUUGAAACUGAGAAUGCUACAGAACACUACAAUAUGAAAGUAAAUUGAAAACCAACUGCAUUAUCUAAGAUGGGGAAGUAUAAGAAAUUGGAAAGCCCUUUUACCCUGUCGAAGUGUGCACAUGUUUUGUAUUCGAGUACUACUAUAUGGUACAUUUUUGUUUAAAAAAUCCAAUAUGUACGUAUCGUUUUUACAUUUGAAUAAACUGUUAUCGCAUUGUG